AAAACUGGAGAGAAAAAAUUGAUUUUACAUUAUCCAACCACUUCCGAGUGGCAGAUUCGUGAGCACAGGAUAACUGGAAGGCGUAAUAGACACACUGCGGAGUGCUUUUUGGUGAUUGGAUUUGCAGGAGUUCUGCAACGGAGAGUAGAAGAAUCGCAGAAGUUCUAGAACAAAUUGCUUUGGCGUACGUUCGACAGACAAGGGGCGGGCAGUGUGACGAAUAGUCAAGCAAGCAACGACGGAGGUUUCUUACGCACCACUCGGAACGAAGCAAACGGCAGAGCAUCCAACCUCAAGCAGAGACAACUCUGAGUAUGUCAUCACAACAGGAGCAACCACAGCAGCCAAUCGUGCGGCACAUUCCUAUUCAUGUUGAAGGGCGCUCGGAACCGCUGGUAAACAAAAGUCCCGAGUCACAACCGUCAUCACAACCUACGCAACACCAUCCGUCGGGACACGAUAGCCCAAGUAUGGAGAUGCCGAUGCCGAACCAAAAUGACUUCUUCAAGCAUGGCAGUAUUUUUGAUCGAGCGCGCAAUAUCCCUGUGCGGACGUUCACGACCCCUAACCGCGUGUUCACGCAACCCGGAUUCAAGCGUGAGCCAUCGCCAGGUGCAACUCGUUCGACCGGGUUUCCCGACAUGGCGGACCAUGUGCGGCCCGAGGCUCAGCCUCGUGGUUCUUCGGUCCCUAGACAAACACCAUCUCCGCCGACGGCCUCGUCGACGAGUCAGCCGUCGAAUACUAAACAUGCACAAUACCAACAACCUCCUAACGUGGCACCCCAGCAGCAGGAACAGCAGCAACCUGUCGGUCACGAUCAACCUGACUGUCGUCCAAAGGUGUCGGUCAAGGAGGAUCCAAUCAUGAAGAUUCAGAAGAUCCAGAGAGAUGUGCUUGCGAUCUUCGACCAAGUGGAGCAAUUCAAGGGCGGGAAAGAUGGCAAGAUGGACAAAGCUUAUAUCUAUCUGGACGAAAUGUUGACACAAAACCUUCUCAAGUUGGAUUCGAUCGAUGCCGAGGAUCAGCCGCAGAUAAAAUCCGCCCGAAAAGAAGCUAUCAAGAGUAUAAACACCUGCAUCGCGGUGCUUGAGGCCAAGGCCGAAGCUGGUGCCUCCGAUAGUGCGAACGCUAGUUCCACGUCGAUCAGCAAGAAUAACAGCAGCAAUGGUAUCGGUAAUUCAAAAGAUGGCACGAAUGGUACGGACCAAUCGAUGGCCAAUAAAUCCGCCUCGAACGCGUCAAUUCAUCAUUCGUCGUCCAACUCUAGUCAACAGCUGCAGUCGAAUGAAGGUUCGAAACAAUAAUGAAGUAAGCAAAUUAUCUUCCGCUUUCCUUAGACAACAGUUUUCCAUUCUUAGCCCAAAUCAAAACCGAUUCCAAAGUUUAAGUUUGCUUCAGCCGAAACAAUGAAUUUUUGUUGCUUCAUUCUUAUAAUUACGCAAACUGGGUGCCUCAAAUAGCUGGUGCAGUGACAACAAUGCGUUUAUCUUAGAAUAUUCAGUAACGUUUCACGACGAUCGUUGGAACCAUGCCGUAUCGGAACUACGUGGCAUCCUAAGGGCCAGAGAUAUUAACGGGCAAACCUUAAAAAGCAAAAGAUCCCUUAGCCUUAUCAUUUUAUCAUUGUUCAUUCUUGAAUACAAUUCGGUCCGCAUACGUCCGUCCUAUUUCGUUUAAACUUUGCUGAUCGAAGUUAAUAUAGGUCAGCGCGUUAGGAUUAUGCUGCUUUGUAAAAACAGAAAUUCUUUUUCUUACUCAUCGUACGCUACUCAACGAGAAAGAUGCAAAAAAAGUUUCAAGAGGAAGCUUAUUGCCUUGAUUUAGUUGUUCAUUUCAUUAGGUAGCGACUAAAAAACUGUGAAUGAUUCUAAACUAUGGCAAAUGGAACACCUAUACAAUGGUUACUUUUUGAAUUAGGGUUUAGAAUGGAAAGAGUUGGUGGUUUAUUAGGAUGUUUCAGCAGAAAGUUCAUUAGUGAAUCAGCAGGACACGAUUGAGAUAUAUUUAUUUUUCUUAUUGUUUAGUUUAUAAUUAUUUAACAGCAAAACAAAUCAUUUCAAAAAUGGGACAGCAGCUGGCAGCUAGAGAAUAGAUUGCAACAAAAAAAAAAAAACAA